UUUUUUCUUGCAUGCCCAGUUAGCCUAAAAAGCUUAUUCGAUACGCUCACUAUUCUUAUUUCUCUGUAUGCCUGAGCAUUGGCAGCUGUUCCAGUUUGGUGGGCCCAGCUCCUAGUAAACGAGAUCGCGCAGCACAGUUUAUUUGCGUCACAUUAUUUAUUUAUUCCAAGAGGUAAAUGGCUGGAUGCAUCGGCGAGAGUGCAGAUAGUGUGGCAACGGCAGCAGGCAUGGAGGGUCAGAUGUCGCCAAAGAGUUGCACUGUGCUUAUUGUUGACAGGCGGUUUCUCAAAGGCGUGUAUCACACUACGACAAAUGAGGGCAGUCCGCGCCUCCGCACGGGGCCGGCACGGGACGACGUUGUUUUCGUGCAGGAACUACUUGAAAUAUACAGCCAAGUCGUGGCGGUUCUGUCUGGAGACACGGCGCUGCGGUGGAUCUUCAACAACACGGGGCAGCGCACCAUCAUCGUGCUAAUCGAUGUGGACGAUACGUUUGAUCGCAGUAGCCGGCAAGGCCCGAUCUAUACGCCGCCGGCGAGCCCCGAGGACGGGAAGCAGUGCGGCUCGGACGCAGAAGGACCGUAUGGCCUGGCUCUCCUGCGUGUCAUUGCGCAUUAUGCGGCGAUUGGCGUGUUCCGGAACGUGGCUCCCAUAGAGGCGGCAAACCUGCUCCGCGCCCUCGACACGCCAAAGGCUCGCUCUAUGCGGCUCUUCUACGCGCCUCAGCACCCGCAUUUUCGAGCGGGCAAGUCGGCCUUGCAAAAGCUGUCUGAGCAAUAA